UGUAGGCCUAUAAAAAUGGACCAAGUCGCCACCAACAUCAGACCAGCUUGCAAGAGAAGACAAGAGACAGCAGCUGAACCACUAAAGCAACGCUCUGCAUCAAGAAUGAAGCUCUCCAUUGGGACCAUCCUCAUCACUGUUGCACUUUUGUCAGAGUGCUAUUUCAGAACCGCUGCCAUUGCCAUGACCAAAGCUGAUGAAACGGAGUCAGAUCUGCAAGGCUUGGGCGAGAAAUUGGAGGAGAACUCUCUGAGAUCUGCACCAGGGAACUCCAGGAUCAUCGUGGUAGCCGACUCCAAUCUGCUGAGAACCCUGACAUCUCUGAACAAUGGAGCGCAUCAUCUCAGUCUACCUGAGAGCCUUCUCAGCACAGAGCGCAGAGAUGUCAGUUCAGACUUGAGCCCGAGCAUCGCCAUCAUCAGAAGAGACACCAUGAGGUGCAUGGUGGGAAGAGUGUAUCGGCCAUGCUGGGAGGUGUAGGUCUUCUGGGAUGACGAGGAGAAUGCAAGCUGCUGAUGACAACAGAUUCACCUUCUCUAAUCCACUGUUGCUUAGUGAGAAUGUAAAAGUGUAUGCUAUUUAUCUAAAAUGUAUCUUGCA